AUGAUCUACACCUCUGGUGUCAUCACAAAUGCUAACGAGGAUGCAUCCUCCCUUGAAGAACUUCAGGACAACAAACUCUGUCUCAUCUGCUCUAAACUUGACCUUAAGCCCGAAGAUCAUCUCCUCAAUGUAGGCUGCGGCUGGGGUACCCUUGCCACCUAUGCAGCUAAAAACCAUGGCUGCGACAUCAUAGGUAUCACCCUCAGCAAGAACCAGACCAAGUUUGGCAAUGAAUGCAUCAAGACCAACAACAUCACUCCUGACAAGGCAUGUAUCCUUUGCAUGAACUGCAGGGAAAUUCCAGGUGGUCCCGGUCACUUCACCAAGAUUGUCAGCCUCGAAAUGGCCGAGCAUGUUGGAAUCAGGCAUUACGGUGCAUUUAUGUGUCAGAUGUAUGACCUUCUCAAGGAUGAUGGUAUUUUUGUCCUCCAAGUCGCUGGUACCCACUCAUCCUGGCAAUAUGAGGACCUCAUC